CCGGGCUCGCUGGUUGUUUCCCUCGUCCCGAGCUGCAGGCGGAAGAGGUGUGCUUAACAUUUAACCUUUUUGUGAGGCAAUGUGAAAAUGGCGUUAUGAAAAGUAACGUAGUCGCGGGCUUCGGGCAGAUAAAGUUUUCAGAGGAGCAGCAUGGGCAACACCAGCAGUGAGAGAAGCGGAGCGGAGAAGACGCAGCGGCGAGAGAGCCGGGGUGGCAAAGAUGGCGCUCGACCCAAAAUCCUGAUGGACAGUGCGGAGGACGGAGACCUCUUCCAGACGGACGAUGCUAAGGAGUUUCUAGCCUGGCGACAAGAUCAGGAAUCAGAUACUAAAGCCCCUCCGGAGGAAAGGCCCACUGUGUUCCGCUGGAAUGGUCCGGGGAAAGAGAUCUACUUGUCUGGCUCCUUCAACAACUGGGCCAGCAAAAUCCCCUUGACUAAAAGUCAUAAUAAUUUUGUGGCCAUAAUUGACCUGCCAGAAGGUGAGCACCAGUAUAAGUUCUACGUGGACGGACACUGGAUAUUAGACCCCAAAGAGCCUGUUGUGACCAAUAAGUCAGGUGUGGUGAAUAAUGUCAUCAAAGUAAGGAAAACGGACUUUGAGGUUUUUGAUGCGCUGAAGACAGACUCAGAGAAAUGUGCCGACAUGUCAGACUUAUCCAGCUCCCCGCCUGGACCGUACCAUCAGGAUCCCUACUCGGCCAAAUCAGAAGACAGACUGCGCUCUCCUCCCAUACUCCCUCCACACCUGCUGCAGGUGCUCCUCAACAAAGACACCGGGAUCUCUUGUGACCCAACCCUGCUGCCUGAACCAAACCAUGUGAUGCUCAACCACCUGUACGCCCUUUCCAUCAAGGACGGUGUGAUGGUCCUUAGCGCAACACACCGCUACAAAAAGAAGUAUGUGACCACACUGCUGUACAAGCCUAUAUGAUCUCCAUCACUAAUCUCUCUGCUUUCUGCCUCAUAAUACUCACAUUCAUCCAAGAAGGGGACCAACUUCAUUCCUCUGUCGGCUUUAUUUGUGUUUCUCAGCUUCCGAUCCAUAAACCAGUAUCUAACAACGUUUGCACAAAUAAUGUAAUGAGCUUGCCGAAUGUAAAAAUAUCACUUUGUAACAGGCUGGGGAUGUCACUAAAAGACGUUUGACAUUUAGUGGGAACAUUCCCAUCGCGAUGCUCUGGAUUUAGAAUGAUCUGCAAAUAAAAUUAUAACUGUGUAUGAAUGGACCAUUGUGCUAAUAAAAUGCACACUAAAAUUUA